AUGCAAGCUCUAAAUAAGAACACAACAAACUUUUCAAACUAUUCUAAGAUAUCUGAGUCAUUGAAAGGGGGUGACUUAAAACUAACAAUAAACCCAAUGACAGAUGAGUUUCUAUUUCAAGACAAUAAGAACAAUACUGUCUGUAUAAAUCCAACAAAAGGAACUUUAAACGAGAAACCUAUAAAUGAACUUCUUUUGAAAGCAGAUGUUGACAACAAAGCUGACAAAGAAUAUGUAGACGAUGCAAUAGCAAAAGAAGAAGAAAGAGCUAACAAUGCUUAUGCAACAAAAGAACAUACUCAUCCUGAACUAGCAGACAAAACAUAUGUUGACAAUAAAAUGUCAAGUGAAGUGACAAGAGCUGAAAACGAAUAUUCUAAAAAGACUCAUAUACAUUAUAUUAACCAAAUACCAAGUCUUAAGGAAACAUUAGAGACAAAAGCAGAUAAGACUCAUACACAUUCUAUAUCUGAUAUUACAAACUUACAAGAAACCUUAAACAGGAAAAGUGCCGUUGGACAUACACAUACCAUUGCAAAUAUUACAAACUUACAAGAAACCUUAAACAGGAAAAGUGACGUUGGACAUACACAUACAUCUUCUGAAAUAACAGACUUAAACGUUGGCCUUGAAAAUAAAGCAGAUAAAACAUAUAUCAAUGAAAUAUACCAAAGUUUGAUAGGAACAAAAAAUAUUGAAACUAUUGUUGGUGACUUUUCUGUCAAUGAAGAAAAUAAAUAUUUUAGAUGGCAGUUGGUACAGUCCUUAGAAAAUGGUACACAGUAUAAACUCAUUCCGAAAAAUAACAAUGAAAUGUAUGUAAGCUAUAAAAAGAAUGAUGGUACACAAGUUAAAGUUCCAUUAGACAACAACUGCUACUUAAACUUAUAUGGAGACGAACAAAAGAAAUAUUUAAGAGUUUAUGAAAUGGUGGAUAUGAUAUUACCUGACCCAGCUCCGGCACCACAUUAUUAUGACUAUGGAGAUGACGACAGAACACCACAUGUAGAUGAACAAAAGCUAACAUUAUAUUUAGAUUAUUAUAGAUAUAAAAGAUAUAAUGCAAUAGAAAAAACGAGAAUAGUAUAUUAUUAUACAGAUGACAGAAAUAAAUAUUAUAGUCAAGAUUUUACCUACCCUGAAAACAUAAGAUUAUAUUAUAAAAAAUAUUCUGACACAAACCAGAAGAAACCUGAAAUAGUUGCACUAUAUCUUAAGUUCAAAAGAGACAAUCCUAUAAUAUCUCAUAUGUUUGAUUUAAUGAACCCAGUAGGUUCUAUUUAUACAUCUAUGGAUGCAAGAGGUCCUCAAGUAAUGUUUGGUGUUGGUG